CUAAUGAUCAAAUCUAUCAAGUCCAACCGCUUUCCAAAACAAUUAGCCGUAAAGAAUAUCUUUUCGAGAUAUCAUUCCACCAUGGCUGCCGCUCAGCACUGCACUAAGCCCCAUGUCUGCUUCAUCGUUCCUCCCCAUCUUCUUCUAGAUAUCCUCGAACACGACCAGGUAUCUGAGGAUACCCGUGUUGCCGUUCAGAACACUAUCAACCACUGCGGCAAGCUCAAGACACAGAGGAUCCAUAAACAGGCACAACUUCGUGGCCAUGGACCUGGUGCUGAAGGUCAAUCUAUUAUCCCAGGGUACGUGUUCCAGGAAAUAGCGGAGUCUGAAGAUACCUCCCAGGAGCAGAAACAGCGCGCUCAUCACAAUUUGAAAAUUAGCCAACAGGUUCAUGGUGAGCGUUCAGACACCGACCAAGGAGCGAAAGCUCCCACUACGACAGAGCAUGUAAUCAGAAAGAUUUACGAUUCACACAAGACAAACAAGCUGCGCCAGAAGCUUCUCUACACGGAAGGGAAUGAUCUAUCCACCCUCAAAGCCAACGAAAGCGCCCUUGAGGUCAUCGACUUCUUCGGAAAGACGUAUCAAUUUUAUGCAGAGGUGUUCGGUCGUCACUCUGUUGAUAACGACAACCUUGCGCUCAUAGGUAACCUCCACUACGAUGACAUCCCAGGGCCCCCAGGUAUGGACAACGCCUUCUGGAAUGGCAACGAAAUGGCCUUCGGCGAUGGAGACGGCGAGAUCUUCGGCAGCUUCACCAAGAACAUCGAUGUCAUCGGACAUGAACUCACCCAUGGAGUUACUCAGUUCACAGCAAAUCUGGAAUACGAAUUCCAAUCAGGCGCUCUCAACGAGUCCAUGUCGGAUGUCUUCGGUUCCAUGAUCAAGCAGUAUUUCUAUCCAGGCGGCAAACAACUCGCCACAGAUGCGGACUGGCUCAUCGGCGAGGGUAUCUUCUUGCCGUCUAUCACCGGUGCAACGGCGUUGAGAUCGAUGAAGGCCCCGGGCACAGCCUACAACAAUCCCAAGAUCGGGAAGGACCGACAGCCGGCUGACAUGGACGGCUACGUCAAGAUGCGCAACACCGAGGCUGGAGAUAAUGGAGGCGUGCACAUCAAUUCUGGGAUCCCCAACCGUGCCUUUUACCUUGCUUCAGUGGGAUUUGGGGGAUAUUCGUGGGAGAAGGCGGGCAAGGUUUGGUAUGCAGCCCUUACCGACGACAAGCUCCAAGGCAUCGAUUCUUCGACUGCUUUCACGGUCUUUGCAGAUCUUACUACUCAGCAUGCAAAGGACUUGUAUGAUGCGGAGGGUGAGGCCGUAGUCAAGAAGGCUUGGACUGAUGUCAAGGUGUAUGAGGCUGCACCGGGAAAGGGUGAUUUGUAA